CUCAUCUCCAGAUAGCUCAUCCUGUUUUUGCUAGCAAACAAGUACCUUUAGAACUUACUCUGUCAAAGCAGAUGGAGCUUGGUUGUUCCUGGAUGUUGUCUAACUGAAAAGAGAGAGGGAUCUGCUUUUAUGCCUUCCUAUACAGUGUUUUUUUCCCCCCUUUUUCUUUAAUCCCAAAGCCAUCUCCAGGAUGGGGAAAGAUAAAUCACGCUCCUUCAGGUUGCUUCUUUCACAUGUUGUUUGAAGUGCCUGGCAGGUCUGUGCAGUCUCAGUUCUAGCACCCCAGGCUGUGGGAUGACUAAUGAAAGCAGAUAGCUGAUGCUCAAGGGAUGGUGCUGUUAACAACACAAAAACAACAGUGUCCUAGGGUAAAUGAAGGAGCUCUUAGAUACAGUUGUUCCACCUUCAUGGUCAUCCUGUGUAUGUAUAGCUGCACUAUCUGAUUUUUGUUUUUUUCCUAGAACUGUGAUAUUGAAGUUUGAGGGCAUACUAAAGACCACCCAGAUUUACUGUUCCUCCAACAGGACUCCAGCAGUGGAGCCACUGAGACUAGCAUUGUGCUUCAGGCUUGACAAAUCAGAGCUGCACACGUUCAUUUUUGUUCCAAUCAUGUUGUCAUAUUUGGAUCAUCUAAAGGUCAAGCUAUCUUUUUGAGGGUAUCAAAAUGGAUAAUGCAUCUUGCUGGGUUACUAACCCGCUCACAAGCCUGUCCCAUUGAACACUGCAGUUCUACGAUGGGUCAAACAACUUCCAUUGCCUACCUUAGUAACAUGCUAAAGCCUAAGGCUGUGUUGGGUUGUGAAACCAUCAUGGAGCAUCCUUUGUGCAUCACGUUUAGGGUGGGUGGCAUGUUCAGGAGAGCAGUCGUACAGAUGCGUAGAGCUCGGGCUCUUUGUUCCCUCCUUCCCUCUAACCUGCAGUGCGAUUCACUCUGGUGUGCUGAAAAAGGGUGGCUGGUGGCUGCCUAAGCAAGCAGAUUUUCAAAAUGUUGAUCCCUUCACAUGUUCUUACUUCAGCCUUGACUUUUCAGAACCCUCACGUGAUUUAUUUACAGAGAAACUGUAAAAACUUGUGUUUGCUUUGUUCAUUUUAUCUUUGAUAAACAUGUGAGAUAUGUGGCCUUGCAGAUGUUAAGCUCCAGGUUCACAUAAAGGAAGUGAAACCCAUACUUAGCUGCUGCUUUCAUUAAAAUAAUAAUUACUUCAGCUCUGCUGAAGUGCUCACAAGCAAAGGGCAGUAGAAAAUUGGAAGGGUUUUGGAACAGAUGAUGAGCAGAUGAAGGCUUUGGGAGAAGAUUUUGCAUUAAGAGGAGUAGGAAGAUUGAUAUCUUUCACAAGAAGUUAGCUAACAAGUACAGACUAAUGAAUGGGUGAGAAGAUGGAUGGGGACUUCUGUUCCCACCUGGUAAUAUUAUGAAAGUCAAAUUAGAAGGUGGUGAAUUCACUACAGACAAAAGGAACUAUUUGUUCAUAACUGCUGCCUGUGAAGCUCAUGGCUACUAGACUGAUCACUGGGGUUAGGGCUUUGGGUUUAAGAACAAUUAACUAAAAGAGGGUAAAAUGAUACUACUUGGAAUACACAAAGCAAUUGCAAUGAUAAGGAGAACCUAUGUUUUUUGUAAGACAGUGUGUCAAUCAGGGAUCAAAAGGGUAUGAGCUAACUUGCCCAACUGCAGGGGCUGGGAAGGAUGUUACUGCUUUUCCAGUACAGCCUUCAUGACUUGUCUUAGUUCUGGAAUGUAACUUUGCCUUCUGGAUAAUGCUGGAGAAGAGCAGGUUGUUAAAGCUGGAUUACCUCUGACCGAGGGAUUCGGAAGUGGCUGCAUUGGCUCGGCCCUGAGAUCUGCCCGGGGCCCUAUAGCAGCAGCCAAAUUGGGUAUUUCAAAGGACAACAUGAGGCUGCAGAAGGGAUUACUAAAACAGAAAGCUGCCCUUUAAUAUCAUUGGUGUUUGUCCUCAGAAUUGGAAAAGCAAAGGUUGAAAGUUUAAUCCAGAAAGCACAAGAGCUGGAAAAUCCCAUUGCCUAACUGAUGGUGGUUCAUGCUGAUGUUUUGUAUCCUUCAGGAAAUUGCUGAUAUGCCUAUUAGGAAAAACGGAGAUGUGCUUACUGUAGACAGCAAGUCUCUACGGUGGCUUAAAGCUAGUGAAAAAUAGAUAAUAUUUAUGACAUCCUCACAGCCGUAUUGUAUGGUACACCCAGUGUGGGGUUCUCGCUUGGGGCUGGGAGGUGGUGGCAGUGCUCAGGGAGGACUUCUGGCUUGAAGACAGCGGGUAUUGCUUCUGGCACUGCUGCAAACUGCCUGGUUCCAGAAGUUGGAGAGGCCAAAACCAAAGGGAGUUUCCUCUCUGCUGAACAUCCCCUGUGGUGCUUGGAGGGUGCUGGCCCCCUCGGGAUGGACGAGGACAGCUGCUCAUUGAAGAGGCGCCCAAAAAAUAGAGGCUGCUGAGUGUAGGUAGGAAAAGGAAGUUAAAUUUAGAUUACCUUCUGCAGUGUCAUCUCCUACCUCAGUGUGGAACUUGCUGUACUCCUUGCUGGGGAAAGAGGAUAAACAAGAAAUGCCAUCCUGUGCACCAGAUGAUGAAUUUGUUUAUAAGGCUUAAUUGCCCCUUGGCACAGCAGCGAGAAAUGAGCUCUCUUAGAAUUAGAAACCGUUGGUGGGUCGUGGCUGGUCGUGCUCUCCCUGGGGAGAGGGAUUAAAAUGCCUGCUGUCACCUGUCCCAGGGCACCCGAUCCCAGUGGCAGUGGGGGAUCACUGCCCACGGCUCUAUGGGGCCAGGGCUGGGUGGGGAUCUGAGAGGUGCUCAGAAGCAGUGAGGACACGGUAUGGGACCAUCUGGAGAUGCUCAGAUGGAACCUGCUGCUCGCCGAACCGAGCAAAUUUAGGCGUUUAACCUACUGUGGAGGAAGAAGCUCUUUUGCUUAGUGAGCUUUAGUUCCCAGCGGGGACCUGUCGACUUCCAGCUCGCAGAGCCCGGCCUGCUGCCAGCGUCCUGCACCGGCAGUGCAGCUCCUCUGCGUCUUCACCGGCACUGCCUCAAGGUUCAGCCUUUUUUCUCUUUGCUGUUUUUUUCAGAAGUGCCCGACCUGAUGUCAUUUCCACCCCGGCUGGGCUGCGUCUGAGAUAUGUCACGGGGAGUGGGAGGAGGAGGAGGGGGAGCCAGCGAGUGCGCGCCGUGCCCCAGGACCCUGUUUACUUUGCAUUCCCGGCCGAGGAAGCCCUGGUUUAAAUAGGAUCGGAGGCGCGGGCUGCCCACAGCUGAGGAGGAAAUGCUUGCUGCGGGGCUUUAAAUUCCUGCGUUCCCAUGCGCGGGUGCAGAGGAUGAGCCUGCAGAAUGCCUUUCCUCUUGGGUCUCAGACAGGACAAGGAAACCUGCAUGGGUGUCAACAAUCAAAGUUACAUAUGUGAAACGGGCCACUGUUGUGGACAGUCCCAGUGUUGCAACUACUACUAUGAACUCUGGUGGUUUUGGCUGGUGUGGACCAUCAUCAUCAUCCUCAGCUGCUGUUGUGUUUGCCACCACCGCCGCACCAAGCAUCGUCUGCAGGCCCAGCAGCGGCAACAUGAGAUCAACUUGAUUGCUUACCGGGAAGCCCACAACUAUUCAGCCCUGCCGUUUUAUUUCCGGUUUCUGCCAAAUUAUUUACUACCUCCCUACGAGGAAGUGGUGAACAGACCGCCGACCCCCCCGCCGCCAUACAGUGCCUUACAUCAGCAGUGUGUCCCAGCAGGCAGCAGUAGCACAAUCCCAGACACGCCGAGAAACCUGCAGCCAGCACAGAGCAGCUCGGCAGUGCCCAGCGGCAAUAACAGCAGUACUGACAGCACCGGGUCCCCUGGCCUCGGAGACCCUGAGCCUUCCACCGCCACGCUGGUCGAGCGAGCAGUAGCCAAAAUGCAAAGUGUGGAGCCCGGCGGCACCAGCACGGGAGCCGAGCUGGUGGAGAGGGCCAGUCCCGAAAAGGAUACGGAGUGCAAGGAGGAACUGCUGAAAGGUUACAGCUCGGAGAGCUUAGAGCAGAGCAGCGCCAUUCCCGACGCCAAGGACAAGACGCCGGGCAGGCAGCGCCGCUUCACGGGCGACUCGGGCAUCGAAGUCUGCGUAUGCAACCGGGGCCAUCACGACGAUGACCUCAAGGAGUUCGACGGGCUCAUCAAUGAUGCUCUGGACGGGCCCCUGGACUUCUGUGACAGCUGCAGCGGCCGCCCGCACGGCGAUGAGGAGGAAGGGCUUUUUAAUGCCACGGAGGAGCAGCACCGCGAACACAGCCACCACCACAUGCCCCGGCAGCCGGUGUGUGUACUCUUGAACACAAUAAACGAGCAGGACUCUCCAAACUCCCGCACCAACAGCUCCCCCAGCUAAGGAGGCAGAGCGGGAAGGAGAACUGGGGGGAAAACGAAGAAAUAAGUGAAAUAAGCAGAUAGAAACUUUGAAAGGAGAAAAAGGUGAUAUAACCUUUUUUGUUCUUUUUUUUUUUUUCCUUUUUCCUCCUCCAGUGUAAUUCGGGGACUCGUCCCGAAGGCCCAGCUUGUGGGGACGGGCUGCUCUGGAUUUCGUUAAUCAUGUCCGUUCUGCUCCGUGGGGCAGGGACUGUUUGUCAAUGAGACCUUCUCACAAAUGGAACUUUUCCAAUGGUGAUUUUGGUGAUGGUUAUUAUGAGUUUGUUGGUAUUAGUUUUCCAGAACACUGCUUUAUCUCGCAAUCAGUAAAGCUCAGCAAAUCUCACCCUGGGAGGAUACGAAAUCACCACAACGCUUCAACCUCCAGGUGUCUUCCCAGAAGCAAGCAGCUUCUGACAGUGCCGGCAGUCAGUAGCCCAAGAGUUCUGGUUUGAUAUAGUGCUCUUGAGGCAUUGUGGGGUUUUUUUUUUCACUUUUUAGUUUUUUUUUUUUCUUUCUUUUGAUGUUAAACUUUCCCAAAGCUGAUGAAUGCCUCAACACAUCAGCCCUAUAAUCUCUGGUGCUUCAGUGUUUAAGACAGCAGGUAGGAAAUUUCCCACUUGAAGCUGGUGGUGGAAAGACCAGUUUCUUCCAGGAGUGUUAGUCUACCACAAGCAGUCUGAAAGGAGAUGUUUUUCAGAAAUUUGCCUUUACAUGUAAUUUUCAAAGACAAGUGUAUUCCUUCAAUGCCUCCAAGAGCACAGCUAGAAGUAGAAUCAAGGCAGCUGGGCUGCCUUCCAAGUACUGUGGUCUCCGAAUGACCUUUUCCCGGUGUGCUGCAAAAGGGCUUGGCUUUAUUUUUUUUCCUUAUUUUUGCACCCUGAGAGCAGCACACUCGAGUUAAGAUGACAAAAAAGAAGAACAGGGCUCUCUUUGGCCAGUGUGCCUUCAAGCUUCAGCGAUGCAUGUUGAACAAAUGGAGACGAGAGCUCCGUCCAUUGCGAAGGGAUGACUUACCAUGUAGAUGUGGAACACCUGUGCAGUAUUUUUGUUUUUUCAAUCCAAAAGUUUGGUGCGAUUCUGAUGUUGACCACUUAAAGAAAAUGAAUGUCUGUUUUCUUUUUUCUUUUUUUUUUUUUAAAUAGUGGCAACUGGCUACUGUAUAAUGUCUGUGAGCGUGUGUGUGUGACUGCAAUCCAUGCAUGCGAGUCCUACUGGUAAUAUGAAAACCUGCUGUAAGACUGCAAGAAAAUUUACUGUAGCUUUGCUUUAAUAAACGGUAGAGAUUUUGUUAGUAACAACCUGAAGGGAAAAACAAAACGAGCUGAAAACUAACAUUCCCUGGUGUGCUCGUGUGGAAGAGAGCACAAUUCAGACUGUGUAUCUUGUUCUUGGGUUAUGUCCCCAUCCCUUUUAUAACUAUGGUCAUCCAGAUCAUUACUAUUAUGGGGGAAGAAAUUGAAAACUGAACUCAGUCGUAUUCAGAUUUGAUUGAUUGAAAACCAAAAUCAGUUUCAAAUAAGGUGGAAACCAAAAUAUAAUGCCUUUUCUCAUAA